ACAUGCCUUUCUCGCGCCCUACUUUCCGUACAUGCAGGUGCCACGACUUCUCGCACGUGUUUUACGAACUUUUAUAACGAAGCAAACGUGUUCAUAUUUUCACGUCAACCGAUCGCGAACUCGCUUGUCCGAAGCACCUUACUAGUCCUCGAUUCGAAAUCCCUUCGGAACAAAAACGAACACCUGCCAACGGGAACGGAAACAAAAAACGAUUGCAACGUCAUUCAUUGGUUCGGGGACCAUCAGCUGCCGGACGUUUGCCAGAGCCCGCCUUCCCGGCUGACAGUUGCGGCAGUGUUCGAAUAACGAAUAUUCUCGACAGCAGAGCCGGUUUCUGAAAGUCGCACACAUCAUGUUUGCGAAGAGGCCUAGGAUAAGAAGAUGUACUCUGUUGGUGAUUGGUGCAACGCUUGUCAUCUUUGCUGUGACAGUUGUGGGAAUGUAUUUAGGCCUUCACUCCAAUGAUGAAACACCAGAAAGUUCACUAAAUCCACCAGACCCAACAAGUCCAAUUCCACCUUCAGAUUCGGAACUGGGCAUCUAUUGGAAUGCAGCAGUGGCUACAAAUGGGUACCCAUGUGCCAUCAUUGGCAGGGAUAUCCUAAUGAAGAAUGGCUCUGCAGUGGAAGCAGCCAUAGCGACGUUGUUUUGUGAAGGCGUUGUUUGUGUUCAGAGCAUGGGACUUGGUGGCGGCUUCCUCAUGACUGUCUACAAACGAGACACUGGAGAAGUUCGAACACUGAAUGCUCGAGAAGUGGCUCCCAAAGCUGCCAAUGAAACCAUGUUCAAUGGGAAUUCCACACUCUCAACUGUUGGGGGGCUGUCUGUAGCAGUUCCAGGGGAAUUAAUGGGGUACUGGGAAGCAUAUAAAGAAUACAAAAGUGGUAAUGUGGAGUGGGGAGAACUUGUGCAGCCAACUAUUGACUUAUGCAGAGAGGGCAUCACAGUUACUCCAUACCUAGCAAACAUACUGAAAGAGAAUGAAGAAGAUAUAAAAAAGAGUGCUACACUAAGAAUUCUGGAAAACAGUGAAACAAAUAGUGUUUGGAAAGCAGGAGACAAAUACAAACGAUUAAAAUUGGCUAAAACAUUGGAGCUUAUCAGAGACUCAGGUGCUUCAGUACUGUACAAUGGUUCACUUACUGAAAGUUUUGUUAAAGACAUAAAGGAUUUGGGUGGUAUCAUCACAGAGGAAGAUAUGAAUGAAUAUCAGGUCACUUGGGCUGCUCCUGUAACUGCCAAUCUGAUAAACAAUGUUACAAUGUACUCUGUACCUCCUCCAGGGUCUGGAGUUCUUCUUGCUCUAAUUCUCAAUAUUCUAAAUGGCAUAGUUCCUCAUGAGAAUAAUAUCACAACAUACCAAAGAAUCACUGAGGCUUUUAAGUAUGGCUUUGGGAAAAGAACACAGCUAGGAGAUCCAGAAUUUGUUGAUAUUAAUGAGCUGCUCAAGCAAUUAACAUCCAAAGAUUAUGCAGAAGCUAUCAGAAGGAAUAUAAGUGAUUAUAUAACAUGGCAAGAUCCUCAGCAUUAUGGAGCAGAAGUAAUUAUGCCUGAAGACCAUGGUACAGCACACAUUUCAGUUUUGGCACCUAAUGGUGAUGCUGUAUCUGCCACCAGCACUAUCAACUUAUAUUUUGGAGCAAAGAUACGAUCAGUCAGUACUGGCAUCAUCCUUAAUGAUGAAAUGGAUGACUUCUCAGCACCCAACAUAAGCAAUUAUUAUAAUAUUCCACCAUCACCAAACAACUAUAUUGAGCCAAAGAAACGCCCAUUAUCUUCAAUGGUCCCCUCCAUCUUUGUUGAUGGAAAUGGUGACGUGGAACUUGUGACAGGUGCAGCAGGUGGAACAAAAAUAACUACUUCUACAGCUUUGGUGGCUAUGCAGAAUCUGUGGUUUAAUAAAAAUAUAAAGGAAGCUAUUGAUGCACCAAGAUUUCACCAUCAGCUGUUUCCGAUGCGUUUGCAGUAUGAAUAUGGAGUUCUUCAGCAAAUAAUACAAGGACUACAGAAAAUUGGUCAUGAAACAGAGAGGCUAAUAUCAGCUGGAUCAGCAGUUACAGGCAUUGCAAGGAAAGGUGGAAAAAUUUAUGCCAAUACAGAUUUUCGACGGGGAGGAAUAACAGCAGGAUUCUGAUCAAGGAAUUGUUAGUGUUAUGUUUUAAGCCUAUUAUUAAGUUGUGCAUGUCUUUUCCCUGAUUCUACUAGAGGUAUCAGUAUUAACAUACACCAUGAAGCAGAGGCCUCCUCGAGAAGCUAGUACUUGCUCAGUCAGUCAAGCUAUCCCUGCCCUUUAUGGAACCUGAGGAGUCAUUAUCAUAUUCACAAAAGUCAAGCAAGUCUGAGACCUCGUGUGACAUUUCAUAAUAUGCAGUUUUCAUGCUCAGAAGUUGUCAGCCCCUUAUCCAACUCCCAGUCUACAGGAUCACACCUUAUUGGCUGUCUGAGACUGCUUAUUUAAUAUAAUUGCUGCAAUUACCGUGAAUAUCUGCAAACCAUCUCCUCUCACAAGCUGAAGACAUGCCAUACCAUUGUGACAGACAGUAUUAAGAAUAGUAAUUGAUUUUAUUUGAGACACUUGGUAUGAACAUUGUGCCAUUGGUGACCUCUCAAAUUUAGUAUAUUUUCACUUUGUCAUAAAAAUCUCAACAUAGCAGGCCUGGGAACUUGUGAGACUGGACAACAUUAGCACCAUUCAACAAAGGAUCUUGAAACUUAGUAUUCAAAUAGAUCUGUAAGAAAUAUGCAACUUUCAUGCAGAUAUUUAUAGGAAGCUAGAAAAUAACAAAAUGGGGGCUGCCCAAAAUAAUUCGGUGUGGUGAUGAUUUGUACAAUUUUAUGUGUUAAAUUUAUAUUGUAAUGUGCUAGUAAUAUCAAUAGUAUUAAAAUCUACAACCCUUCACAAUUGCAAAAGUGCAGCAUACAAACAAUUAUCUUAAUACUUGUUUUCAGCAAUGAACUGAAAUAAUAGUAGACUAUGUGUGAACUUAAAAAUCAGUAAGGAAAUGCAGUCUGUGCUUAGAAGAAAGUGUGACGUGAUGAUGUUCAUAAAGAGUAGCAUGUACUUACAAUGAACGUAUACUGACUGCAUUCCUGGAAAUCUGGACAGGACCUUGAGAUCAUCCUUAAAGUACAGGGGUGGAUUUAGAGUCAAGUUAUUCAGAUGGCUCUGAGUGUUGCUACAUCUCUUCAGUUCUUGUACUUUUCUCAUAACAUAUAGAUGACAAUUGAAAGCAAAAUUAUCUCCUUGCUAUGUAUUACAUCAUGAAGAUGAAUAAAGCUGCUCAAAUCCUAGCUGAGUGGGUACUAAAUGGAAGUGAGCAGUCAAUUUUAAGUUCAAAAUAAAUUUAUCGCAUUAAAAAAGAGCCCUGCAUCCACUAAAUACCAGGUUAGGUUAGUUCCAGAGCCAUUCUGUAAGAAAAGAUCACAACACACACAUCAAGGAUCAACUAAUAGUCAUCCAUUCCAAACUUUUAAUAUUACCAACUGAAUUAUAAUUGCAGUUGGUAACAGUCUUUAUCACCCUGACUUCACAUUCAGAUGGUUAUAGAACCUAUUCUCAGAGUGCAAAUACUGGACCUUCCAGGUAAAUGCUGUGACAGUAGACAACUUGAAAUAAGGCUACUUAUCAUAAGAUCCUCUCCACUUCUUCAUUUUCAUUAUCCUUCCAUUUGAUGGUACACAAUCUAUUUAGUUAAGAAAAAAAACUAAGUGACUUUUAUUGAAUAAUCAAAUAUAUCUUCUUAUAUUGCAUAAGUAGAAUGUACAUUUUUGUUGCAGCAUACAAGACAGCCAACCAUAAUUUAUCUAUAACUCAGUUUGUAACUCUGAGAAAUGAAAUUAAGUAAUAAAGCUUUGCCAUUCCUA